CCCCACCCCCCGCAUCACCUCUGUCGGAUCUCCCGACACCUCCCGUCGCCGCCCUGGCUCCAGCGCGCUUCUUCCCUCUGACCGGCGUCGCCGCCGCACUUCGUUCCACACAGCCGGCGCCCCUCUCGCUGGAGCGCAACCUCCCAAUCCGACGGCGCUCCUCCUCCCACUCCACCCCGAUCCACCCUGAUGCGCGUGACCCACCGGGCGCCGCACCUGCAUCUUGCCGCCCCGCUCCCUGGCCACCGGAGCGCCAUCCUCCCCACUCCACCGCUGCCACCCCGCUCCCAGCCGAAACCCACGACGCCCCGUCUCUCCUCCCUGGACCGCUGUUGCGCGCCGCCGAUGCAGGACAGCUCCCUGAUGCGCUGCCGCCGUGCCGCGGAUGACCACGAGCGACCUUCUUCCACAUCUCCAAGCGCCGCCACUCGGGACGCCACGAACUCAGGCUCCCCUGCCGCCGCGAACUUCUUGCUCCUGCCACCACGACCUUCUCCCCCCUGCCGCUGCGUCCUUCUUCCACGCACUCAGAACUUGGCCAUUUUUGGAUGAGGAAUCAAGAUUGCCCCUGCUGCUCUGUUAGGAUCUACUCGGUUGCUGGUGUUUGCUUAUAGGCUACUCACACCCGAGCUCCCACUAGCCACGGCAAUCUCAUUCCCGCAGCAGAUGUCGGCGACCUCGACUAGUGGUUGCCGGAUUUUUUGUUUCUUCUGUACAAAACUGAUGCAUUUCUUCUCUUGUUUCUGCAGUUUUGUUAACUGAACUUUACCGUGUCGACUGAUUGAACUGCACAGAACUUAACUGUCUAGGCUGCAAGGGUGUCACGCGGAGGUGGCUCGAGCCGGCGGGAGAUGCAGCAGUUCGAUGCAGCCCCUCCACACCGUUCAACUCAUGCAGCCAGCUGGCUCAAAGCCAACAGUGAGCUCCUACUUCGACUCACUGCCCACGUAGCUUCUGGGCAUGUGUCGAUGUGUGGUUGAAGCUCUUUCUUUCUCUCCAUAGUCUCAUGUGCUGAUGCUGCCCUCUCAGACUCUCUUAUCUCAGUUUGGCACACCCAAAAAAUGAUUUUGUUACUCUCAGUUUGGCACGCCAUUGCUGGUCGAGGAAGCUUUCUCUGGUACCUGCCAUGGCAAGAGCUUGAGACGAUGUGGUUGGGCGUGCAGGUACUGCGCGCCGGACCCGGAGGAGGACUUCGGGGAGGGGUACGAGGGGAAGCAGGUGGUGGUGGAGAACCUGCGGCAGCUGUGCGUGCACCGGGUGGCCAACGAGAGCGGGCGGCCGUGGGCAUGGUGGGACUUCACCAUGGACUACAAGCUGCGGUGCUCCAUGAAGGAGAAGAAGUACAGCAAGGCGUGCGCUGAGGAGGUGGUGGCCUCGCUCGGGCUGUCGCUGGAGAAGGUGCUGGCGUGCAUGGGAGACCCCGACGCCGACGCUGACAAUGCCGUGCUGUCCAAGGAGCAGGAGGACCAGAUCGGGCACGGGUCGCGCGGGAGACGUCACCAUCCUGCCCACGCUCGUCAUCAACGACGUCCAGUACAGAGGGAAGCUGGAGAGGACGGCGGUGCUCAAGGCCAUGUGCGCCGGCUUCAAGGAGGGGACCGAGCUGCAAGUUUGCCUGAGCCAUGACAUGGAGACGAACGAGUGCCUGCAUCGGAACGGCGGGUGCUGGCGGGACGAGGCGACGAACAUGACGGUGUGCAGGGACACGUACCGGGGCAGGGUGUGCGAGUGCCCCAUGGUGAACGGCGUCCGCUACGACGGUGACGGGUACACCCACUGCAAAGGUCGACUGCACCGCCACACGAAGUUCACAGGCCAUAGCUGCGGACGGACGAAAUUCCAACUGUACUGCAACCCCUCAAGAUCCACAGUGGCCAAAGAUGGCGCUCCACAGUUGUUCGGUGUAAUGCCUAAGGAGCAAACAAUGUCUCUCUCACUUUUGUUUUUCGAAAGACCUACCUAUCACUGCACCUGGUCGCGCGUGCCACUGCCACUUAGGUCCACCACCUACAGCCGGCGCCGCAGUGCCUCGACCGUUCAACUAUGCCACCUCAGCAGUUCAAUAUAUAUUGGAGAAGAAGAAAAAACAACAGUAGGUUCAAAUGUUGUGUUUUAUGAUUGUUGUAGACUUGCAGCAAAUUAGAGGUGGUCUCAAAGAAAAAGUUGUUCCCUUUGAUGGAGCACUUGGCCGUUCCAUUUGUUUUGUUUUGUUUUGCAAAUUGCUAGUUGGCCGUAUAGCUUCAGUAGUGGUAUAAUGCUUUAGGUUCCUGACUAUUGGUCUUGAUGUUUGGCCGUACUUGAGGUUCCAUGCUUGAGGUUGAGCUCGGUAAUGUAUACGGGGGCAGUUUGGAUUUGGUA